AAACAUGAUUAGAUGGCCAGAAUCCCAGGAGACACAGAUGUUAUGGCUGCUUUAAGGUCAGCUAUGAAAACCUCGUUCCUACAGCACGCCAAAGUAGUAGCGACGAGAUUAAAAGACAAAUUCAAACACAAAGCAUUCUGCUAUGAAGUGUUAACAUCGAAGUCACAAUCCAAGUUUCAAUGUUGAAGGCCGUUUCCAUGGAUUUUCUUUCCGUGCAAGCAGUUGGUUAUCUUGCCACGAGGCUGUGCAGAGACGCACAAACAAAUAGUCAUUCCAGCUACUAAUAACUUAAAGUUACCAGUCCAAGUAAGAAGGUUGGGCUAUUAAGAUUAAACAAGAGAAAACAGUUAAAUGAAAGAUGUGUUUACUUAAUGAAAACUAUCAAAUCCACGUGUUUGGACCCCAAGCAAAUUUGACCUAACGCCGGAAGGCGAAGUAGACAGACAGAUUACUAAAAAAAAAACGCAAACAAAAGAAAUGGCUCGAGAUCCAAGCGCACCGUUACAAAAUUUCUCGCAAUUAAAACGUGAUUGUCAGUUUUAGCGAUUGCACGAGAAAUGCUGUGGCAACCGAACUUGAAUUAGAUCGUUUCUCAUUCAUAAAGCUGCGGUAUUUAGUCUUUGAACUGUCCUAAAUCCGGUGGAUCGUGAAGCAAGGUUGGAUCUAUUGUUCUUGUUUAAACAGCGUUACAAAUACACACAUGCUUAGCCCCCAUUGCUUUGAGAAUGCUCGCUUAGUGGCAAAGGAUCGCCUAAAACCAUUUAAAGAAUCUAACUUAAUUAGGUGGUUACCCAUGCAAAUCUGAGAUCAGUUCUCUGCCAAUCAGAGUCAAGCUCCUUGACCACCCACCAAUCAGAGAAUACCUACUUUAUGCACCUGCUCAGGACCAGCAAACACAAAUUUCGCCACAAAUUUGCCGUGCAAUAAGUCGUCAGCUCAGAAACUCCCGGGGAACAGAAAUCGAAAUACUCGAGGUGCCUCUCCAUAAGAUAAUUUUCCAUCAGAAUAUCUCUGUUUGGUUUGAAGAAUUGCAGAAGUAUGGCCGACGCAGACGUCCUUGGAGCGAGGCGAGGAAAAUCAGAAGCCAAGCAAACAGUUCUGUGCAAAGUAUGCGGAGACAGAGCCUCUGGAAAACAUUAUGGAGUAUUGACAUGCGAUGGAUGUCGCGGAUUUUUCAAGCGGAGCAUUCGACGGGAUCUUGCGUAUCAGUGUAAAGAAAAUAACUCUUGUCCUAUAGAUGUGGCCAGACGAAACCAAUGCCAGGCUUGCCGGCUAAAAAAAUGCUUUGAAGUUCGCAUGAACCGGGACGCGGUGCAACAUGAACGUGCUCCGCGCACGAAUCAGUUCAAACAGGCUUCAAACGAAGAAAUCCGAUGCAAGCCUCUGAAGAGAAAACAUAACAGCUACGAGCAGGAAAACAUGGAUCUCCCACCAGGCCAAAUUCACGUCACUCCAAAGAAAGAAAAACUUCUGGACUCUCCUGUGACUCCGGAACCUAUAUUCUACAGGAACAGCCCUCCCAGAUAUUCUAUGGAACAUAAGAGCCUCUUCCUUGUGGGUUAUUCUAAAGCCGAGAGCCCAAAAGACGUCCCAGUGGCUGUUUCUGUGCCAACCGCGACCGCAAUGACACCUCCGCACACGCCCCAGCAUGGACAACAGGUACCCUAUUCAAUCAUGUACUUCAGCUCACCGGAAAUGCUGCACGAGUCCGCUGUGCGGAUUCUGUUUAUGACCGUUAAAUGGGUUCGUAACAUUCCAACAUUCUUUGAUCUUCCAUUUCGCGAUCAGGCGAUCUUAUUAGAGGAGGGCUGGAGCGAGCUUUUCAUCCUCAGUGUGGCGCAAUGGAACUUACCCGUGGAGAUAGGAACUUUGCUGGCGGCUGCGGGAUUGAACCCGGAACGGGAUAACUCAGACAAAUCAGUCUGCGGGACGGGUGAGAUCAAGGCAAUGAAAAAUAUUGUGGAAAGGUUUAAAGCUGCGAAUAUCGAUCAGACCGAAUAUGCCUGCUUGAAAGCCAUUCUCCUUUUCAAACCAGAUAUUAGAGGACUGAGAGCCCCAGGUCACGUUGAGCAACUUCAAGAUCAAGCGCAAGGCAUGCUGGGAGAAUAUGACCGCCAAACGUAUCCAAACCAGCAAGUCCGCUUCGGACGACUACUCCUCAUCCUUCCCGGUCUGCGAGUGCUGUCUGCAAAAUGCAUUGAGCAGAUGUUUUUUCGGGGUACGCUUGACAAUAUCCCAAUGGAAAGGCUCUUGUCAGACAUGUUUAAGUCUGCAUAAUUCGUCUUCUAAACUUGGUUUUGCCAGACUUUACGCCCGAACGAGUAAACUCGCCUAAAAAACGGCGGUAAACUAAACGGAAACGCGAAAAAUGACAAGCUUGCGAGGUAAGCGACGAAUGUGUGAGGAUUAAAAUCAGCGUUGACGGUAAAACAUGUGAUCGAUGAUCUUCGUAGAAGUGUGCGUGGACAACCGAAGACGCUCCGAGGGUGAUUAAUUAAGUAUUGCAGGCAACGUCUGGUUCGGAUGUAUUCCGAUUGGAAACAUUGCUUUUAUUACGGAUUGAUGUGAAAAAGAAUAGAUAAAAGCACUACGUUGUCAGCUUCUAAUCAAGUACAACAAACAGUGACUUUCAACAAGAGAACAUCAUUUCAUGUUCUCUUACUUUCGAUUUGAAAACCUAAAUAUUUUAUCCUAAUUCUAGCUUCUGUUCCUAGCCGCGUUGCUGAAUCUACUGAUUAUUUCAUCAAAUCUCUUAGCCGUGCUUCGAGAAGAAUUUUUUUCUCCUUUCUGAACAUCACAAAAAUUCUGAAAUCAAUUCAAUUAAUUUUUCCUUUUAUCAAAUUCUUUCUUGCAUUAGCUUAAAUAUCUUUUUUAUUGUAACCAUCUUUCGUUUAGCUUAAUUUUCUUUCGUUUCUACAGUUUUUUACUUCUUCUUAAUAUUUCAAAUUGUUCUUCUCUCAGCCGGAUUAGUCAGAAUUUUAUAUCUAAGUUUUUGCACUUUGCCAUUUAUAAGAAAAAUAAUUACACAAAUAACUAAAGUUUUGGAUUUUUUUUUUUUGUUGUUUUACAUAUUAGCAAAACAAUGUGCAAUAGUGAUAUUCUCAGACUUAAAAUUUUAAUACAAAGAACGAAAAGUCAGAGCCCGAAGCAAUUCCUGUAAACUGUCAAUUAACUUGAAAAACGCGUUUCACAUAAACAGUGUGGUAUCUUGAAAACGAGGUUCAUAUCGCUAAUUUCGCAAGAUUUAGAUAGCCUACCGCAUGAGAGUCGCUGAAAAGAAAAUCUCUGGAAGCGAAAAUAUGCAAUGUAUGCAGCUCUAAAUAUGUAAAUAUUAAUUAAGAAUAAUCUGUUAAUAAAGAUCCUAUAAGUG